GGACAGAACAGCAGAGCACAGCUCAGCACAGCACAGGACAGCAGAGCACAGGACAGCAGAGCACAGGACAGGACAGCACAGGACAGCACAGCAGAGCACAGGACAGAACAGCAGAGCACAGCUCAGCACAGGACAGCACAGCACAGGACAGGACAGCACAGCACAGGACAGGAAAGGACAGGACAGCACAGCACAGGACAGGACAGCACAGCACAACGCGGUUCUGGGGUGCGGAUCAUUCCGCUGAGCGCUCCGGUGAAAUGCCUCCGGCCGCCAACGGAGCCAGCAGGGGGCGCCGCCCCGCCUGAGGGCCCCUGCGCGGGCAGGGAGGAGAGGGGGGCCGGGCUGUCAUCACGUGACCGGGACGCGGAAGUGCCCGCAGGAAAGGGGGGAGCUGCUUCCGGUGCGGGCCGGGGUGGGUGCGGGCAGGAUCGGGGCCGGGGCCGCACCGACAGCGUCCCGCUAUGAGAGAGACGCCGAGACCCGCAGCACAACACUAAAUUUGUAAUGCAAUGGAGUCUGGGUCAAGCUCCUUUCGAGUGGAAUUUCCAGAUUUUUCUAGCACCAUUUUGCAGAAGUUAAACCAACAGCGCCAGCAAGGACAAUUAUGUGAUGUGUCCAUUGUGGUUCAGGGCCAUCUCUUCAGAGCCCAUAAAGCUGUUCUUGCAGCUAGUUCGCCUUACUUCUGUGAUCAGGUUCUCCUGAAAAACAGCAGGCGAAUAGUUCUGCCUGAUGUGAUGAAUCCCAGAGUAUUUGAAAACAUUCUUCUGUCUACCUAUACAGGCCGGCUGGUAAUGCCUGCACCAGAAAUUGUUAGUUAUCUGACAGCAGCAAGUUUCCUUCAGAUGUGGCAUGUAGUGGAUAAAUGCACUGAAGUGCUUGAGGGAAACCCAACAGUUCUGUGUCAAAAGAUGAAUCAUGGCAGUGACCAUCAGUCCCCAAGCAGUAGUAGCUACAAUGGCCUUGUUGAAACCUUUGAACUUGGCUCUGGAGGACAGACAGAAUUCCACAAAGUGCAGGAACUAAGGGAUGUUGAAAAUGAAGAAGAAAGCUCUAAAGAUGAACUGUCAUGUCAGCUGACAGAGCACGAAUACCUUCCCAGUAAUUCUUCAACAGAACAUGAUAGACUUAGCACUGGAAUGACCAGUCAGGAUGGGGAAGAGGGAACUAGUGAUAGUGCAGAGUACCAGUAUACCAGACCAAUGUAUAGCAAACCCAGCAUCAUGUCUCACAAGCGGUGGAUCCAUGUGAAACCAGAAAGGUUUGAACAAGACUGUGAAGGCGUUGAUAAUCCUUAUGAUGAACACCAAGUUUCUGAAUCCAUGAAUGCCAUCCAGGCAGAUCACUCAAUCCAGUCUUCAGGUGUUGAAGAUUUUCACAUAGGUGACAAAAAGAUGGAAGCAGAAUUUGAUGAACAGGCAGAUGAAAGUAAUUAUGAUGAACAAGUUGACUUCUAUGGCUCAUCUAUGGAAGAAUUUUCUGGUGAAAGGGCAGAUGGAAAUAUAAGUGCUCACAGACAGGAUCUUAUGAUGGCAGCAGGCUAUGGUGAAAGCAUCGAUAUGGCUGCCGGGAUUAAAGAAGAAACGUCUCUCACUGGAUUCUCCCAUGCCGAUAAGCUCUAUCCUUGUCAGUGUGGAAAAAGCUUUACACACAAAAGUCAGAGAGAUCGGCAUAUGAGUAUGCACCUUGGUCUUCGACCUUAUGGCUGUGGUGUCUGUGGUAAGAAAUUCAAAAUGAAACACCAUCUUGUAGGCCAUAUGAAAAUUCACACAGGCAUAAAACCAUAUGAGUGUAACAUCUGUGGGAAAAGAUUUAUGUGGCGGGACAGUUUUCAUCGGCAUGUGACCUCUUGUACCAAGUCCUAUCAGGCUUCUAAAGCUGAGCAGAGUACUACUGACAUGAACUAAGACAUUAGUGCUAACGUCUGUUUAGUAGAGUGUCACUGUUGGACACGAGAUGAUUCACACAGACACAGCUCGAAGUGUGAUGAAAGAAGAAGAAGGUUUAUUGUGUCUUUUCAGUAUUUAUAGAUUUUCAACAACGACUAGGGAUUGGAUAGUCAGGUCACCACUUUCCCAACUACACUGGUUGUGAGAGACAUCUAUCAAAAGGCAUAUCUUUAAUGGAAUGUAUAAACAUCUAUAUUUAUAGUUACUUUCCUGGGAAAGUGGCUAGAAAUUAUGAAAACAAUAUUGAAAGGCCUGAUUUUCAGGGCGACAUCUCACCCUUUUUGUCUUUUAAAAAAGAAAAAAAGAAAAGAAAGAUUAACAGAGAAAACGAACAAUAUCUUAAACAAUCAAAAGAAAAAUAACAGAGAAAACAAACAAUGUUCUAAACAAUAUCAGAAGGCUUUUAGAUUCAGGGUGAUAGAGUAAGAAAAAUAAACUAAUUAUGCAAAUAAUGUCUGGUACUUGCUAUUGUACAUUUUCAAAAAAAUAAUUUUAAUGAGUAUGCUGGUAUAAACAGAUCACAUGUAUUUUGCUUCCUGCAAUAUUACUUCAGGUGUUCAGUGUGUGAAGUGUGUAUGGUUAAUCUGAAAGGUGCCUGCAAAAUGAGGUCUGAGAUUGUAAUCACAGUAGUAUUUAGAAGCCAUCUUAUAUUUCUAAGUCAUCUAAAUUCACAGUUAAACUCAGCUGUAAAUUGACAGAAAUUGUGAAAAUACUUAGAUGAACCAGGAAUUCAGGUAGUACUCCUUAAUGGAAAAAAAAAACCUAAGAUGACCAAACUGGGUUAUAUGAUACACAUCUAAAUGAAGAAAAAAAAAAGAUAAUUCUACUUCAAGGUGAAGACUGCCAACAUACUUAACAUGUAUCAGUAGGUAGUGUGCAUCAUUCAGUAGCCUUUGUUGUAUUGCUUAAUGAAAGGGAGUGGUAAAGGUGGUUUGGCUUUCCUUUAUCCAUCUUCUGUUUUUUAAUUUAUCUUCAGUAAAACAAAUGUCUAAUUUUGUGCUGAUUUCUAUUUAGAGUCUGUAAUGCACUUACAGUUUAUCACUAUAUAAACUUCAGUAUAUAUUAAGUAUACUUAUCCUUGCU